CACCACAACCACGGCAGGACAAGGCUCUGGUGGGCACUGGUGUGAAAUGUUCUCUAACACUAUCAGGUUACUAAGGGGCAGAACCUACCUGUAUUUCUGGAGGGACAGGGGGAUCCCAAGAGUUAACUGUGCUGAAAGCCAAAGUGAGCCUAACUGGGAAGGAGUGGUGAAAGCAUCCUUUUGUGACUGGCUAUGAGGAUCCGUGCAUCUUUGCUAUAGAUCACCUCAGCAGAGUGUACUUCAUGGACCCCAAAGGAUACUGGGGGGCUUUUGGUAUGGAGAUGGAGGACACAAAGCAGCUGUCUACCUUGCCUGGUCUCACAGAGGACCCUUCUGUUGAGGAGCUGCUAAGAGUAGAAGAAGGUGCCAAUCGCUGCUACGACAAUACCCCGGAGGCAAUAUCACACCAACCAGGACUCCCCAGUUCCCAUUCAUCAGCUGAUUUGCCAACUGGAGAACCAAGGAGUAAGCAGCAAGACUCACAAACCCUCCAUAGUCCCAUAUAGUCAGUGAGAAAGUCCAAAGGAGAGUGGAAGCUAACAGCGGACUGUCAUGGCCUGAAUGAAGUCCCAGUGCCCCAGGCCAGUAGCAGCAGCAAAACACAGCACUAAGAGAAGGGCAAUGGGAGCAGUGUCAUCUGGAACUGGCGGCUCCAGCACAGAGCUGGGCUUGCAUCCUGCUGCGCCUGCACAUCCGAGCCCCGUUUCCAGGCAGCACCUGCCUUCCACCACAACACAUUAAUAACCUUGAUGACAGUGGCCUACUUUCCAUCCACCUGUGCCACAGCUGGCUAGUCACCAUUUCCUAUCGAGCCCUGGUCCUGGUUGCUCCACCACUGGAUGAACUGGUCUCCUGGAGUAACGACAGCCAGGAGGACCUGUUGGUGAGCCAAGUGUGUCACUGCCAUCCAGCAUCUGGGGUGCAGGUCACACUGUGAUUCACAGCAUGUCCUGGUCUGUGGGGCAUUCUGGAUCACCUGCGUGGGUGCCCUGAGCCCUCAUGGAAGACCAUGACUGGUAGUGCCUCUUCAAGCUCCCCAGGGGGUGAUUGACUCCUAAUUCAUUCCAGAGGUGUGACCUCCCUCAUGGCCAGAGGCAAGGCAGCACCCCCCUUCCUUCCCUUUGCAAAGGUCUGAGGUCUGCUCAAGUUCUUCCCCUUGGAUUGACCGCAAGCUGGAGGCACAUGUGUCUUCGUGCACACAUCUUUACAACAAAGAGCAGCUGCUCCGUGGGCACGGUGCCACAUCCACUGCUAUCACCAUCCUGCCAGGACACAGUGUCCUUCUCUCUCCUUCCCCACCCUGUCAGCCUUUGUGGGAAGGAAAGUCACAGCACUGUGGCUGGAGGUCUGACACAUCCUGAAAGCUGGGGGAAGCCGUCAGCCCCAGUUGAUCACGUGGAAGAAAGAGAAAGCUGGGGAUGCAGCUGCUGUACAAAAUACUGGGACAGCUCAGGGUCCUGCUGGCAGCAAGGUGAGGUCACCAUCCCCUCCAAAGCAUGGCUGGAGCAGGGCAACGCAAGACGAAGUGCUGUGCAUCCUGCAGAAGCCCUGCUCUCACUGCGAGCUGUGCCACCUUCCCCCCUCUUGCCAGGCCACUGGCUCCAGCUCACUGGAAAAACAGCUGCUUGGCUUUUUCUUCCCUAUUCAUCUGGUUCCUUCCGGGCUCAGGAUAUUUUGGGCACUUCUCUGUUCCCAGCUACCCUGGGUGGCAUAGGCGGUUCCUCAGGAUUUGCUUUCCUCUGGACUCUGUGGAGGCUGAGAGCUGAAAAGGGGAAAUGCCAAGCCCUUUAUUUCAGACCUGCAUGUGGAAGGGGAGAUUCACAGCUCCACCAUACUCGCACACACCUUCAGCUGCCUGUGGAAGAGAGCUGUGAUGCGUGGGGCCAGCAUGUGGGGCUGGGUGGAGCGUUUUGGGAGCAGCAUUGAAGAGUCUUGUGCAAUGAAGGAGGUGCGGAGUGAAGGAUUUGUGUAGGAGUUUGAGAGCUGCUCUGCUACAGCAGCGAGACUCCAGACACAGUAUGCUAUCACUGCCAGAGGGCAGAUGGGUACAAAAACGAGGGACAGAAAGAAGUGAGAAGUAUUGGUCUUGGAGCACAGGUGCCCUGAAAAUGGCACCAUCAGGAAGCAGGGCUUGGGAGGAAGCUGAAGCAUCAUUUGAAAUCCCACAGUUCCCACUUCCUGGGCUUAGCCAGGUUCCCUGUCCAAGAAGCAGGGUGGGAUGUGCUGAGGCAGCCCUGGGGAGGGCAGCGGGAGGGGCUGGACCAGAUGUGGAGCUGCCUGGAGGUCUGAGCUGCAAACCCCACUUGUGAGCAUAUCUUCUCCAAACCAAAACACAGCAGCCCACGUCCCUCUGGCUUCACUCCGCCCUGCUCCCAGCUGCAUGCUGCUUAUGUCCAUUUUGGUGUGCUGAAAAUACCUUUCUGGGUGUUCAGCAAGUGCAUGGCUAUGUGGGAGUGGAUGGUAGUCUGCAGCGAAGGGGAGUGGGGCAGCAUUUGAGGGCCGUGGUGACAGACUUGGGAGACCAGCGCCACAAGAGGGAGUCCCUGCCCAGGCUGCAAAACACCCCAAUGCAGUCUGUGACAGCCCAUGGUGACCACUGCAGGGAUCCCUCUGUGCUCCUGUGCCACUGGGGCACCUUCCUUCUGCCACCACUCUGCAGGAGGCUGGGACAUCUGGGGUCUGUCAUCAGCUUGGUGAGCUCCUAUGCUCACAGCUCCAUACCCUUGAAAGACGUCAUGACCGUCCCUAUUGUCAGCUCCCCUGCGGCACAGGUUAGCAUAGUGCUGGCCUUUCUUCUGCUGGUGACACUGCAAGGUAGUUGGUGGGUUAGAUGAUGGAGAUCUCUUGGGAUUCUGCAGGCAUUUUCAGUCUCUGCCCACCAGCAGAGCAUCUGGACUCCAAGCCAGGAGUCCAUGUCACACGGUGCCACACCAUGCCCUCAGUGUUAUUCCCUAUCAGAAGUAAGACUGCUUGUAAAUUGCAGGUGGUUUGGGUUUCCCUCCUUUCAGCCCAAAGAUCUGAGUGCGAUUAGUUCACUGCUAAUCGAGUGAUCAUGGAUGGAACCGUCAGGAAACAGCUCAUCAAUCAUACUUACGGUGGCCAAACCUGCAGCCUCGAGGCCUCAGUCCUCCUGGGGGAGGAUUGUGUGGCUGGAUAGAUUUCUUGUUGGCAAAAACAUAUGCAUUCUCUGAAUGCUACACAGGAAAUCAAUAUUAGAAAGCAUCUACCGACGUGCUGAGAUGACUUUAUGAGGCAGUCCUGCUCUAAGGGCUAAAACAGUGUAUGUGAAGCACAAACAGCCCAGAUGUCACAUGUCUGUGGAGGCCCAGUGGGUGUUCUGAUGGAGAUGGAGCUCCGUAAAUCGUGCUGUACUGAGCAAGGAUUUGUGAUCUGCUGACUCGGCAGCCUCUUGGAAACCUUCACUUAUUUGGAUUCUGCGCUGGGGAUCCCUAUGAAAUGAGGCAUCAUCUGUUGAACCAGCAGCUGCAAUGCUAUGCUGUGUAGGAGCUAGGCAUGCGAUUGAGUGCUGUGGCCUUUAGUGCAGCAUUUCAGCAUUUUUUCCUAUUGUCUGUUAUACACCGAGAAAACAAAUUAAAAAAAAAAAAACAACCAUAAAAAAAGAAGAUAAAUUUCCUAACAUACACAAAGGCCCUGCUUGAUGUAGCCAAGAACAAUCUUCUCUGCCCAGCUUCUGAAAGAUUCUCUUACCCCAGUAUUGUAUGCACCGUCCACCUUGAGGUGCUUCACAUCCUAAAAGCCACGGAGGAAAUGCGGGACAGAGCAGGGCAGCAGGGGAUGACUGAUGGAGAAGGCAGACAAGCUGCAUGUGGUGGGUUCAAGAGCUCAGUGGAUGUGGAAGGUCCACAGUCGGGGCUCAACAAUGGAGUUGUGGCAGCUGGACUUGGUCAAGGCAGUGAGCAGGGAGACUUCAUAGCAAAAGUGGUACACGGUUCCUCCUACUGACUUAGGGGAGAAAAGUGGACAUACCUUCACCCUGAGGAUCUUGUUAGCUCUAACAAACAGCUUAAGAUGAGAGUGGUGGGCUGAACUCAGACUGCAGCCAGGCACUUCCCAGGUACUCUCCCAUGCAUCUCAGGAGGAGGAGGAGAUGGAGGUUUAGGUUAGGGGUCAGGGAGAGCUUUUUCAUGUAAGGAGUGGUUAGGGUAUAGAAAAUGCUGCCCAGGGAAGCUGCCAUCCCUGGGGUUAUUUAAGAGGUGGGUGGAUGUGGUACACAGGGACACGGUGUAGUGAAGGACUUGGUAGCGUUAGGUGGCUGUUGGACUUCAUGAUCUUACAGGUCUUUUCUAACCCAAAUGUUUCUAUAAUUCUACAAAGACACUGCUCCUCAGGCUCCUGGCACUGCUGCAUAAGGAUGAAGACAGGGGAUGGGGAUGGGAUUGAGGAUGAGGAUGAGAAUGAGGUUGGGGAUAGAGGUGGGGAUUGGGAGGGAGGUGAUGUGGGUCCAUCCUGCGGCCUCUGCAGCUCCUUCCUCCUCCCUUCCCACCAGCUGCAGGCAAGAACCUGUCUGGAUGCUGCAGCACCUCCUGCCUGCAGUUUCCCCCUUUUCUCCUCUGUCCCCACCCCCAGGCAGUGUUUUGCCCCUCAAGUUCUCCCUGAGGCAGUGGAGUGGCUCUGAGGAGUCUUUGGAGGUGUCUCAGUGCGUGUGGGCAAGGAGCAGCUCUGUGGGUGCUGACUGCCCAAAGAGGAAGCUCCUCACUCCAUGUGUGAUUUCCCUCGGUUGUUGUUUCAUUUCUGUGUUUGCACCUCUCCCUCCAGUGCAGACACCUUUCCCCGGCAGUGCUGAGUGGGACACAGGCUGUGGUCUUGGCAGCAGCAUGGCCCUACAAGGGCUGGUGCUGGCCUUCCUGCUGGUCCUCCUCCCUCAGCUGGGGAAACAGAGAGAGUCUUCAGGAGCGGGAGCAGUUUCAGGUAAAACUGAGGAAGGGAAAAGGGAAGAAGAGAAAUGCACGAAGCCACUGUGGGAUCCCAGGAUUCGUUUUGUCCCAGACCAGGAAUCCUACAACCUCAAUAGAACGGUGACACUGGCGUGCCCUGAUGGGUACCGGCCUUCUGCCACGGAGAUCACUUGUGUGAAACCAAGGCCACGCCAAGGCCUCCCAGCUCCUCAGAGCAUCUGGCUUAUGAAGAACAGCACAGGCUCACGGCAGUUGGCAGCAGAAUACGUGAGAUGUGUGGAAACGUGCCAAAGGCCCCACUGGGACCCCAGACUCCGUCUGGCACCAGACCAGGAGAAGUACAGGAAGAACGAAGAAGUGACGCUGAGCUGCCCCGAGGGUUUGCAGCCAUCCUAUCCCCACGUCAGAUGUUCAAGAGAAGAGCAGACCAUCAACCGUGGGAAACCUGUAAACAGGGAAUUAUGGCUGGGAAGGGACAGCAGCGAUACCUGGACUCAUAUUCGGGCCAGUGUGGCGUGUGUGGGGAAAUGUCAGAAGCCCCAGUGGGACCCCAGGAUUCGUUUUGUCCCAGACAAGGCGUCCUACAACCUCAACGAGACAGUGAUUUUGACGUGCCCAGUAGGGUACUGGUUGUCCCACACAGAGGUUUCCUGCAUGGAACAAAACCCUAGGCAAGGCUCUACAGCUUCACAGAGCAUCUGGCAUGAGAAGAACGGCAGAGGACGCUGGCAGCCUGUAGAAAGGAACAUGAUCUGUGUGGAUGUCUUCCAGGUUGUCGCAGGGACCCUAGAGGUUUCCAGCACCAGCAUCAAACUGAACUGGACCUGCAGCUUACCUGAUGCCUGCCAGAACAUGCAGGCCGUGUGCCAGCUGGCAGGGCCUUCCUCUCCUCCCUGUAAGGCUGAGAAGGUCAUGGAACAGGAGAUACUACAUGGUCAGAAGGGAACAUUCGCCUGCCCUCCUCUGCAGCCCUUCACUGUUUACAGCGUCACUAUCUCAGUGCCACCCAGCACGAUCCUGUUCACACAACACCUUAGGACAAAGGCAAUGGUGCCGCAGAAGCCGGAGCAGCUGCAGCUGGAUGCCCGCACGGGGACUCUCAGGUGGAAGGCGCUGCCCUCCUGCCGAGGGGAGAUCGUUGGGUACCAGCUGAACUUCACAGCCAGGAGAGCGCACGAUGGCACCUUCCUGAACUUCCAGCAGGUGACAGUGAACCACUCUGUCACUCAGUACACGCCGCCUCCCCAGAGCCCAGGCAGCAAAUACACGGUGACAGUCCAGGGCCUGACAGCAGCUGGCGCUGGGGAUGCGUCCAGCCUGGAGUUCCAAGCCUACAUCUCAGUUUCAGGGCAGUUUCUGGGCUCCUGGCCAUGGACAGCAGUCACAGUGGUGGUUGUGCUCUCAGUGAUGGUCAUUCUCUCUGCGGUGAUCGUGUGGUUCGUGCUGUCCAGGAGAAGGAAGGCCGUGCCCAUCAAAGCCGAGGAGGACCAUUACAUAGGUAGGGCUCCAGCACAGAGCUGCAGCCAUAUGAAAACUCAGACAUCUACUGUAUGAUCAAGGGGACGUCUCUGUCAGAAGAAGAGGCAGGUACAGGUGGUCAGGACAGAGAGCCAGCAUCCCCACAUCUGCCCAUCCUGGAGUCCUCAGGAGACUGAUCGAGCAGUGGAGAAGAUGGGGAGAACAUCCCUGGAUCAGUGGCGAUGGCACUUCCUGCUGCCUCUUCUUGAGUCUUGGUCCUGCACAGCUGGAAGCAGAACUGCAUGUAUCUUGUGCUCCCACCCAUGUUUUCAGUAAGCUCCUGCAUCCUGCGUCACAGAGCAGGGGCAGCCCAAGGCCUGGGAUGAACUGUUUGUGCCGGCCAAGCAUCCUCCUGCACCUGGCACUGCCCAGUCCUGAGGCAGGGCUUCCCAGCCCCUCUCCACCUUCUGCACCCGUACCCAUCAAGCCCCAGAACUUUGCUGGAGUUCGGCCCAAGUGUGCUGCGCUCACAGCUGUGCUGCUGUGUCUGAAGAGCCAAUAAAUUGUUUUGGUUUUCACA